CAAAGAUGUUAGAAAUGGCAAAAAAUGAAUGUUACGUGUCAUUUGUUUACGAAAAUUCUUUUCAUUUUUUGUGAAUAAACUGAAAGUUUGUUAUUUCAGUUUUUUAGACCCAAAUUCCUUUUCUGUGCUCGGUUUUUAACGUUAGAUUUAUAUCUUAAUAAGCAUUUUCGUAUUUUGUCAUUGGUUCAUGAUGAAGUUAUUCUGUAGUUGUUUUCGGUGCCUCAUUACGUUUUCCAUCAACUAACUCCCUUCUUAAAUUUCCUUUAUAACGGUUUACCGUAAGAAGUUGAUUCCAAACCAAUUUUAAUAUCUUGAAUUGAUUUAUUAUCUCUUAUAACUUGCAUAGCAGGAGGCUACUAAAUUUUUCCUAAAGGAUUGUGGAAUUUGUAAGCGAUUAACAAGUACUAAGCAAUCCAAGAAGGAAGAAAAUAACAAACAUAGCACUCUGAUUGUUGAGAGAUUGUAUUGGCAUGCGAAGGUUCUUAACAAGGUCCAUUCAAACGAUGUCUCGAAAAUUAUCUGACCUUCCAGUAAGCUCAACCUUUACGGCGAACUUAACGCCUGAUCCAGUCGUUCCAACUGUUGAUGCAUUGAAAGAUGCGAGUGAUGACAUGUUACACAUACCGCGCAAAGUUAAGAAUGGUGCUCUGUUCACAUAUGUGAUCCCAUCUAUGAGAGCGAAAUCAAGAUUACUAGCUUAUAGCCCUUCUUGUAUGCGUUCUCUUGGGUUAGAUGAAAGUGAAGCAGAAACGGAAGCUUUUCAGAAGCUAGUUGUGGGAACGAAUAUUGAUGUUGACAAAUGUUGUCCUUGGUCACAAUGCUACGGAGGAUAUCAAUUUGGUGACUGGGCCGGCCAGUUGGGUGAUGGACGAGUUGUGUCCUUAUGUGAAUUAACCAACCCGGAAACCAAAGAGCGUUAUGAGAUACAAGUAAAGGGAGUUGGCCGUACCCCUUACUCUCGAUUUGCUGAUGGAAAGGCGGUAGUACGCUCUAGUAUUCGCGAAUAUUUGUGCUGUGAAGCUUUAUAUGCUCUCAAUAUACCGACUACAAGAGCAUUGGCUAUAUCCACCCUUGAUGGUGUCACCGCAAUGCGUGAAACGGUUGAACCAUGUGCGAUUGUCUGUCGCAUGGCACCUUCCUGGAUACGGAUUGGGACAUUUGAUCUUCCAGGAGUUGAGGGACGCUUGGAUACAACGCGCAAAUUGGCUGAUUAUUGUUUGGACCAUGUACUCACAGAAGACUUUCAAGGGCGAGGGAUUGGAAAUCGCUAUGAGCAGCUUUUGCGUGAUGUUGCUAUCCGAAACGCCAAGUGUGUUGCUAAAUGGCAAGUAUAUGGAUUCAUGAAUGGUGUUUUGAAUACAGACAAUACCAGUAUUUUGGGGUUAUCUAUCGAUUUUGGUCCUUUCAGUUUUAUGGAUACUUAUAAUCCCUCAUUUACACCCAACCACGAUGAUAUCUUUUUGCGUUAUUCAUAUCAGCGACAACCAUCUAUCAUUAUUUGGAACUUGGCAAAGCUAGCUUCAGCUUUGCUAGAGCUCAUAGGUGCAAGAGACCGAGUAGAUGAUCCACAGUAUAUGGAAAAUCUACAUUCUUCUUCAGAAUUGCUCGCGGAGGCCCAUGAAUAUACACUGCAAGCGUUUGAAAAUAUCGCUAAAGAGUUUUUAUCAAUCGUUCGGGAAGACUAUUUUCAGUUAAUGACAGCUCGCUUAGGGCUACCUGAUGGUCCUACUAGUCGAAAACAUGUCAUUGAUGCUCUUGACAUUUUAGAAAACCACGAUUUAGAUUAUCCAAACUUCUUUUCAUUCUUGACAAGAAUGAAAGUGGAGAAGACUGAUAGUCAAUCAUCUGCGGAACAAUUGUUUGAUUUCUGCGCCGGUAGCUUUAAUAAAAACAAUCCCCGAUUUCGUAACGAAGCUGUUCAGAAGUUUCAAGGAUGGCUGGACGCGUACCAUCAAUUAUCUACUGAGGUCCCUGAGGCUACAAGGUUAAAUAAUAUGAAAUCUGUAAACCCUCAUUUCACCUUGAGAAACUGGGUCCUCGAAGAAGUUAACAAAAAAGCCUACGAGGGUGAUUAUGACCUGUUUCAUAAAGUCGCCAAGAUGACCGCUUCUCCUUUUGAGGAUUCAUGGGGAUUUCCAAAAGACUUUGAGGAUUCUUAUUGUUACGGUACAGGCCCUACGAAGAGUCAAAUUCAAUGCUCUUGCUCCAGUUAAGCCAUUGAGUUGUACGUUUGAGUUUUACAUGAAAAUAUAAUGAAAUAUAUAAUUUCUUUUUAGUUUCGCCGUACCUUAACUAUUAUUCUCCUUUUAUUAGCUUUACGCUUCCUGGAUUAUACACGCUUAUGAGUAACUUAAACAAAACAUUGAGGUUCAUCAAAAAC